AUGACGAUGAAUGGUGAUGUGGAAGCGAAGAAGUUAGGUGAGAAGCUGUUGUUGGAUGUCAAGGUUGAAGAGUUAAGCUCGAUCCUCGGCUCUCUCCGUGAGUUGGGAUCUGAAAACGAACGCAACGAGGCAACUACAAACAAAGUCCUCUUCAGUAUCCCAGAACUCGAUGCCCUGAUAUCAAGCUCAUCCCCAACGAUUCUCGAACUAGUAUCACCACCACCCACGCACCACCCAUCAGGAGCCGGCAAAACCUCCUUACUUUACCUCAUCAUAGCCCACGCCAUCCUCCCCCCUACAUUCAACUCCAUAACAGAUCUCCACGGCCACGAUGCAGCAAUCAUCAUCUUCGACCCGCUCCACCACUUCAGCGUCCCCCGCCUCGCAAGCGUAAUGCUCAACCUCAUCGUCUCCAAAUUCGGCGCACCUGUCGACGCCCUCGAUCCCAGCAUUAAAGCCGAUCUGCUCAAUCUAACAACUCGCUGCCUGGAUCAUGUGCACGUCUUCCGCUUACAGUCGUGGGACUCGUUGAUCACGACCCUGCAUUCAGUCCCAGACUACUUGUUCGACGAAACCAGGCACAAGAGCACACACCGCCGCAUUCACUCCCUCGUCCUCGAAGACAUCGACGCGUUCACCUGGUCUCUGCGCUCUGCUCACUCCACUUCUUCUUCUUCUUCAUCCUCCAACAACAACAUCAAUCCACUAAGCGCUGCCUCCAAGGCACUUACCACUGAGAUCAAAAACCUCGCAACGCUUCUGUCCUGCAACAUCAUUCUAACCUCUCCCUCUAUCCUUCCUACAGCGUUUCGCCCCGCCCUACCCACGUCUUGGCCGAGUGGUAUGCAUGUGACGAGACUUGCAGUGAGGAGAGUAGAGGUGCUGAAAUUUGCGCCGGAGAUGGGUGUUGAGCAGGCUGAAGCCGAGAGGAGCCAGAGGUGGGAGGUCGUCCGUCGGGGACAGUUCGAGUGCUGGAAGGUUGGAACUGGGGUAAGAGAUGGGGAGGGCGAGGGGUUUGUGUUCAAAGUUGGGCCGCAUGGAGUUGAAGUCGCGAGGGAGGGCGGUGGGUAGAGGUGUACCGG